AUGGCAGAUCAGGAGCCAAGUGGCUGGAUUCAUUUGUUGGAGUGCUCCGAGUUAGGAGUGCCACAGAGAGAGGAGGAGGGGGAAAGAGUGUCAGAGGAUAAAGAGAAUGGCAAGCCUCCCUCCCGUGUAGAGCUCAGCGUUCAAUUCAUCUCAGCCUUACUAAGCUUUGCCUCUGCAUGCAGUGGCACUUUGCCUCGCAGGGAGGCAGUGCUGUGUCAUUCUCACACUGGUUGUCACAGAGCAGGCCAGCCCCACCUCACCACCUCUGAGCCCAUCAACAUGAUGCACACUUGGGCCAGCAGUCUCGGUAACUGGCCUUGUCACUGCAAGACUGAGUAUGAGGACAUGCCACAGGUCCAAGGGUUGGAGAAGCAAGUGGACUUCUCAGACCUACGCCCAGUGGGGUCAGUGAUGAAGCCUCUUCCAUACGGCAUAGGUGGAGGCACUGUAGGUGGAGCAACAGGAGGAGUGGUUAAGCCUCCAUACCAAACCCACAUCCUCUCCACUUCCAUCGACCAGACGCCCAUGAAAUCUAAGCCUCCGACCUACAAUUUCUAUAACCCAUACGACUCGGCCCGGAACCAGUCCCUGCUCCUGGACCAGACAGGCUACCGCUCCAAGCGCAAGCCCUCACUAAAGACAGCCAUGAAGACCAAGAAGAUCUUUGGCUGGGGAGACUUCUUCUUCAAUGUCAAGACCGUAAAAUUCAGUUUGUUGGUGACGGGGAAGAUUGUGGACCACAUCAAUGGGACGUUCACCGUUUACUUUCGCCACAACUCGACCAGCCUGGGGAACGUGUCGGUCAGCAUCGUGCCGCCAACUAAAGUGGUAGAGUUUGAGGUCAUCCAGCAGCCGCAACUGCACCCUCACACCCAGCAGGCUGUCCAGAUCCAGGAGACCCAGCAGUCCACCAUCGACCCCAAAGAGGUAAAGACCUUUAACUGUCGGGUGGAGUACGAGAAAACCAACAGAUCCAAGAAGCCCAAACCUUGCCUGUAUGAUCCGUCUCAGACCUGCUUCACAGAGCACACCCAGUCCCACGCUGCCUGGCUCUGUGCCAAACCCUUCAAGGUGAUCUGCAUCUUCAUCUCUUUCUUUAGCAUUGAUUACAAGCUGGUUCAAAAAGUGUGUCCGGACUACAACUUCCAAAGUGAGCACCCUUACUUCGGAUAA